CACUUCAUCUCACCACCCACCCACAACAAGAGAAGUGCAGGAAGCAGCUAGCUAACCAGCUCUCUUCUCAACGUAGUGCAGAGCAACGUAGUUUCCUCACAUCCAUCCACCAAUGGCGACCUCCAUGGGUUGCCUGGUUGCGCUCUGCCUCGUGUCCCCGCUGCUCCUCGCCGGCGCCGUCCACGGCAACCCUGGUUACGGCGGCCUGUUCCCGCAGUUCUACGACCACUCAUGCCCCAAGGCCAAGGAGAUCGUGCACUCCAUUGUGGCGCAGGCCGUGGCCAGGGAGACCAGGAUGGCCGCAUCCCUCGUCAGGCUGCAUUUCCAUGACUGCUUUGUCAAGGGAUGCGACGCGUCCGUGCUGCUGGACAACAGCACCAACAUUGUCAGCGAGAAGGGGUCCAACCCCAACAGGAACUCCAUCAGGGGGUUCGAGGUCGUCGACGAGAUCAAGGUGGCCCUCGAGACCGCCUGCCCCGGCACCGUCUCCUGCGCCGACAUCCUCGCCCUCGCAGCCCGCGAUUCCACCAUCCUCGUCGGUGGCCCGUACUGGGAGGUGCCACUCGGGCGGAGGGACUCUCUGGGCGCGAGCAUCCAGGGCUCCAACAACGACAUCCCGGCACCCAACAACACCCUCCCCACCAUCAUCACCAAGUUCAAGCGCCUCGGCCUCAACCUCGUCGACGUCGUCGCGCUCUCGGGCGGCCACACCAUCGGCCUCUCCCGCUGCACCAGCUUCCGGCAGAGGCUGUACAACCAGUCGGGCAACGGCCUCGCCGACGGCACGCUGGACGUGUCCUUCGCGGCGCAGCUGAGGCAGGGCUGCCCCCGCUCCGGCGGCGACAACAACCUCUUCCCGCUCGACGCCGUCACCUCCACCAAGUUCGACAACUUCUACUUCAAGAACAUCCUCGCCGGCAGGGGACUCCUCAGCUCCGACGAGGUGCUGCUGACCAAGAGCGCCGAGACGGCGGCACUGGUGAAGGCGUACGCCAACGACGUGCACCUCUUCUUCCAGCACUUCGCGCAGUCCAUGGUGAACAUGGGCAACAUCUCGCCCCUCACAGGGUCCAAGGGAGAGAUCAGGAAGAACUGCAGGAGGCUCAACAACUUCCACUGAGUCUUUGAAUGUUUUGUUUUUUGAGGAAAAGAGUCUUUGAAUGUUAAUUGUACGUGGAGUGGAGUAGGUGUCAUGUUCUGGUUGGUUUAAUAAGCAGGUGUGUAGUUGUAAUCUGGGAGCCCCGGAUGGUGUUUUGUGACGAACUCAAGAUUUCUGUAAGGGAUGCUAUGUAAGAGAAAGAGAAAAGUAUGUGGUAGCAAUCAUUCAAGUA